AAAGUGGGGGGUUGAGGAGGCAGGAGGAUAGCACUGUGGGAAGGUGUUUGCCCCGCAUGCAGGAGGCUCAGUCCCCAGCAUUGCAUGGCCAAGAGCGAUCCCCCGAAAGAUAGAAGGGCAAGAGAAACAGCACAGUGGGUAAGGCACCCCUGGCUCAGUGCCCAGCACCACACACGAUCCCCGAGCCCAGCCUGGAGUGACCCCUAAGCACAAAGCCAAGAGUAAGCCCUGGGCACUGCCAGGUGUGUCCCCAAAACAGAACGAAGCAAAAUAGAAAAGGGGGCGACUCUGGAAGGUCCGGCUUUGGGUAUAGUCAGCUCUCUGGCUCCAGCCUCACCCCGGGGGUCUCUGGGAUUCACAGCUGGAAAAGGGGCCCAGGAGGAGCUGAUACCACCUUCAGGCCUCUACCCUUGCCUCCCAUGGAGGGUGCUGGCGAGGAUCCCACUGUCUUCACUGCCCAUUCUCUGCCCACUGACCCCCGGCUCUUGGCCACUGUGACCAACGUGUAUCUGGGCACACGCGUGUAUCAUGACACGCUGCACGUGAGUGGUGUGUACAAUGGGGCUCAGGGAGACACACACCGGGCGGUCCUGCCCAGUCCCCUCAAUGUCCAGCUAGAGACUGCUGCAGGAACAGAAGAGAAGCUGACCAAGACCUUUGCCCUGGACACUAACACAGGCUCCUUCCUGCACACCCUGGAGGGGUCCAGCUUCCGGGCAUCACAGUGCAUCUAUGCCCACCGCACACUCCCUCAUGUCCUGGCCUUCAGCGUGUCCAUCACCCGUUUGGCUGAGGGGCGCUGCCCCAUCACUGUGCUGCUGCAGACCCCCUUCUCUCCAGAAAGCCCAGACCUGGACCUGCAGCUGGGUCCCGACUUCCGGGGUGCACGGUACCUGCACGGCCACACACUCACCCCCGAGCAGCCAGGGGGGCAGCUGCAGGAGGUGCACAUGCUGUGGACACCCAUCCCCCCCGCCCUGACCCUCGGGGAGGAUGAAGAAGAAGGAUCCUGGGAGUUCCUGACGGUGGUGGGGGGCAGCCAGGAGGAGGCGCAGACCUACCUCACAGAGGCCCUGCAGCUGCAGGCAGGGGGCGCUCUGUAUUCGGCCCACGCCCAGGCCUGGGCCCAGCUCUGGGCCGACUGUGGCCUGGAUGUGGUGGGGGACCUGCCCCUGCGCCAGGCCCUGCGUGGAGCCCUCUACUACCUGCUCAGUGCCCUGCCCCAGCCCGGGUCCCCAAGCAAUGUCUGCCACGGCCUCAGCCCUGGGGGCCUCUCCAACGGGAGCCAUGAUGAGUGCUACUGGGGCCAUGUCUUCUGGGACCAGGAUCUCUGGAUGUUCCCCAGCAUCCUCCUCUUUCACCCCGAGGCCGCGAGGGCACUCCUGCAGUACCGGAUUCGGACACUAGGUGGUGCCUUGGAGAACGCCCAGACUCUCGGCUACCAGGGAGCCAAGUUUGCCUGGGAGAGCGCCAGCUCUGGCAGGGAGGUCUGCCCCGAGGACGUCUACGGGACCCAGGAGAUCCACGUCAAUGGAGCUGUGGUGUUAGCUUUCGAGCUCUACUACCACACCACCCAGGACCUGCAGCUCUUCCGAGAGGCUGGCGGCUGGGCUGUGGUCAGCGCUGUGGCUGAGUUCUGGUGCAGCCGUGUGGUGUGGAGUCCGGAGGAGGAGAAGUACCACCUGCGGGGGGUCAUGCCCCCGGAUGAGUACCACUCAGGUGUUAACAACUCCGUGUACACCAACGUCCUGGUCCAGAACAGCCUGCGCUUUGCUGCCACCCUGGCUCAGGACCUGGGUCAGCCUGUCCCGGACCAGUGGUUGGAGGUGGCUGAUCAGAUCAAGGUGCCCUUUGACCCGCAGCGGAACUUCCACCCUGAGUUUGAUGGCUAUGAUCCUGGAGAGGAGGUGAAGCAGGCAGAUGUCGUGCUCCUGGGAUACCCCGUCCCCUUCCCGCUGAGCCCUCAGGUGCGCAGGAAGAACCUAGAGACCUAUGAGGCAGUGACAUCUCCCCGGGGCCCGGCUAUGACCUGGAGCAUGUUCGCCAUAGGCUGGAUGGAGCUCAAGGAGUCCAGCCGGGCACGGGGCCUCCUGGAUAGGAGCUUUGCCCACAUCUCGGAGCCCUUCAAGGUAUGGACAGAGAAUGCCGAUGGCUCGGGGGCCGUGAACUUCCUGACCGGGAUGGGGGGCUUCCUGCAGGCGGCGCUAUUCGGCUUCACGGGGUUCCGGGUCACCGGCGCCGGUGUGACCUUCGACCCCCUGUGUCCAGGAGGGGUCUGUGGAGUCCAUGUCUCCGGCGUCUGCUACUUGGGGAGCAGACUUGACUUCUCCUUCUCCGAGUGCUCCGUGACCAUGGAGGUCACAGCCCGGGACGGGCCCUGGGCCCCACCGCUGGAGGUCCAGCUCUGGCCAUCCCAGGCUUGUUUCCCUCUGCCUCCAGCAGUUCUGACGGAAGGAAACACAGCCCCAAGUCCGAGCUGAGUGAGAGGAGCAGCUCGGGUCACCAGGCUCCCAGCGGUUGCUGAGGCACUUUGCACUGGUGUCUCAUUGCAGUGGGAAGGAGCAGCACAGGUGAGCUGCCCCCACUCCUUGUCUCCAGGAUGGGGUGUCACAGGAGUCCCCAGACAUGCUGGCAGGUUCCGGGCUCUGAGCUCUCACCCAGCACCCCUCAGCCUCAGGCCUCCUGCUGCUGCUGCCCUUCUGCUGACAGAGCCAGAGGAGCUCCCUGCUGCCUUCCAGUGGAUGACCCAAGGAAGAGGCAGAGGCAGUAGAACCCCAGACUCUGCAGGAGGCCCCAAGCAGACCUCAGGGCAGCAAGGCCCAGCCUUGAGCCCACAGGUCCUGUGGCUCCUCUCAGCGUUCAGCCUGAACGCACUCCCCCACACAAAGGAAGAGCAGAGGCAAGGGCAGUGCCCAUGUUUGGUGGAGAAGUGAGCACUGUGUCCUGGGGGGCUGAGCUUGAUGGAGGCGGCAGGCAGAUAGGGAAGGCUCCCUCCCCAGAGAUGGCAGUAAAUUUUCUGGGAAGUAAUAGCUCUGAAGUUGCAAAGGUCAGCCUAGCAGAAAACAGGAAUUAGGGUCUGAUAAGGCCCACACCUGGCGCCAGCAAACCCAGAGAAGCUCCUGCACAAACGAAAGAACCGAAAGGGAAUUUCAAAGAAGACCAUCACCACUCCCAACCCCCCUGGGCAACCUCCUUAGCAACAGACUUUGACCUGGGUAAAAGCCCCAGGUGGGGGCAGGUUGGAGAAACCCUGUAAAGGCCACCUUGAACAAAGGAAGGGCACUGCCCGAGUCCUUGUGCUGUUGGCACCCCUGUGGCGGAGCAUGUGUGGCGCCCGCAUCUCCCCUCUUGAGAUAUGUACUUUCAUGCUUUCCUGCCUAAUGCUGGGAUGUGUGUAGGGCUCUCUCUGCCCUUGGAGAAGCCCACAUUCUCUCUUGAACGCGUAAC